GAACCAUGACCUUGACCUAAUAGAAGGCCGGAGGACGCGAAGAGGCCGGCAGAGAAGCUGGCGAGGCUCGCAGCGAGCAAACCCAAAGCAGCCGAGCUCGGAGAGCGCCGUCUCAGCGGGCCAGGACGUAGCCCGGGGAUUGCACGGAGGUCCGUCUAGUCAGUCGGGGCGCGCUUCCUGGAGGAGGAGGAGGAGGAGGACUUGCCGCCGGAGCUACGGGGAUAAAUAAAUGCAGGAGGCGGGGCAGCCAGCGGGCGUGGCCCUGCGGAGGUCCCCGGUCGAAAGGAGGAGACAGGGGCUGGCCGCGUACUUAAAGCGGACGCGGGGAAAGCCCUCCCGGGGUCUGCCUCAGUCGCACAGCUUGGUGGGCUCGCGGGCUAGUCGAGCGUCUUCCCAGAGGCUCCCAACCCUGUCCAGCCCCUAACCCCGCGACGCUGGGUUCGCUGUGUCCGGUGCGCACAGGCUCGAAGGAACCGGGUCUACUCGGUUUGGCCCAGCAGCUGCGGGCGGCGGGGAGCAGCCCGGCCCGGCUGGACCAGCCUCCCGCGGGUGAGGGCGCGGGCGGGCGGCCGGGUCCCAGCCCUCGUUAGCUCUGCCUCCCGCGCCCGGGCGUGGCGUCUGAGCGGCAUUAGGACCCAGGCGUGGCGCGGGGGUGUGUCGCCGGCUCCCGCUGCUGGCCUGCCCGAGUCGCGGAGUUUGGGGUCCAGAAACGCCGGAGCGCGGCGUGAGUGCGCGAGUGUGCCAUGGCCGCGGCCACUAGGCGCGUGUUCCAUCUCCAGCCGUGCGAAAACUCUCCCAGCAUGUCGCAGAAUGGAUACUUUGAGGAUUCAACUGGGUCUCUACGCUACUACAAGUGUGACACAGAUGACACCUUUGAAGCCCGAGAGGAGAUCCUGGGGGAUGAGGCCUUCGACACUGCCAACUCCUCCAUUGUGUCUGGCGAGAGUAUCCGUUUUUUUGUCAAUGUCAACCUCAAGAUGCAGGCCGCCAACACGGAGAAUGAAGCGACUUCCGGUGGCUGUGUGCUCCUACACACCUCCCGAAAGUACCUGAAGUUAAAGAACUUCAAGGAAGAGAUCCGUGCGCACCGUGACCUAGAUGGCUUCCUGGCGCAGGCCAGCAUCAUCCUGAACGAGACGGCCACCUCCCUGGAUGAUGUGCUGCGGUCCAUGCUUCACCGCUUUGCCCAAGACCCUGACAACGCUGAGCCAGACUGCAACCUAGACCUGCUUAUGGCCAUGCUCUUCACUGAUGCCGGGGCACCCAUGCAGGGUAAAGUCCACCUGCUGUCAGAUACCAUCCAAGGGGUCACCGCCACAGUGACAGGGGUGCGGUACCAGCAGUCGUGGCUCUGCAUCAUCUGCACCAUGAAGGCCCUACAGAAGCGGCAUGUGUGCAUCAGUCGCCUGGUUCGCCCACAGAACUGGGGGGAGAAUUCCUGUGAGGUUCGGUUCGUCAUCCUGGUGCUGGCCCCACCCAAGAUGAAAAGCACUAAGACUGCCAUGGAGGUGGCGCGCACGUUUGCCACCAUGUUCUCGGAUAUCGCCUUCCGCCAGAAGCUCCUGGAGACCCGUACAGAGGAGGAAUUCAAGGAGGCCUUGGUGCAUCAGAGACAGCUGCUCACCAUGGUGAGCCACGGUCCAGUGGCGCUGAGAAUGAAGGAACACAGCACAGUCUCUUUCCCUGCCCACAGACACCCAGAGCCCCUAAAGUGCAAGGACUUUGUCCCUUUCGGGAAGGGCAUCCGGGAGGACAUCGCACGCAGGUUCCCCUUGUACCCCUUGGAUUUCACUGACGGCAUCAUUGGGAAAAACAAGGCUGUGGGCAAAUACAUCACCACCACCCUGUUCCUCUACUUCGCCUGCCUCCUGCCCACCAUCGCUUUCGGGUCCCUCAAUGACGAGAACACAAACGGGGCCAUUGAUGUGCAGAAGACCAUAGCCGGGCAGAGCAUCGGGGGCCUGCUCUACGCGCUCUUCUCCGGGCAGCCACUGGUGAUUCUGCUGACCACCGCGCCCCUGGCGCUCUACAUCCAGGUGAUUCGUGUCAUCUGUGAUGAUUAUGACCUGGACUUCAUCUCCUUCUACGCGUGGACAGGCCUGUGGAAUAGUUUCUUCCUCGCACUUUAUGCCUUUUUCAACCUCAGCCUGGUCAUGAGUCUCUUCAAGAGGUCGACGGAGGAGAUCAUUGCUCUCUUCAUUUCCAUCACAUUUGUGCUGGAUGCUGUCAAGGGCAUGGUUAAAAUCUUCUGGAAGUACUACUAUGGGCAUUACUUGGACGACUACCACACAAAAAGGACUUCAUCCCUGGUCAGCCUGUCAGGCCUCGGUGCCAGCCUCAAUGCCAGCCUCCACACUGCCCUCAAUGCCAGCUUCCGGACCAGCCCCACGGAGCUGCCUUUGGCCACGCACUCAGGCCAGGCGACCGCUGUGCUCAGCCUCCUCAUCAUGCUGGGCACACUCUGGCUGGGCUACACCCUCUACCAAUUCAAAAAGAGCCCCUACCUGCACCCCUACGUGCGCGAGAUCCUGUCUGACUGCGCUCUGCCCAUCGCGGUGCUCGCCUUCUCCCUCAUCAGCUCCCAUGGCUUCCGGGAAAUCGAGAUGAGCAAGUUCCGCUACAACCCCAGCGAGAGCCCGUUUGCGAUGGCGCAGAUCCAGUCGCUGUCCCUGAGGGCCAUCAGCAGCGCCAUGGGCCUCGGCUUCCUGCUGUCCAUGCUCUUCUUCAUCGAGCAGAACUUGGUGGCCGCCUUGGUGAACGCACCAGAGAACAGGCUGGUGAAGGGCACUGCCUACCACUGGGACCUCCUGCUCCUCGCCAUCAUCAACACGGGGCUGUCUCUGUUUGGGCUGCCCUGGAUCCAUGCCGCCUACCCCCACUCCCCACUGCAUGUGCGAGCCCUGGCCUUAGUGGAGGAGCGUGUGGAGAACGGGCACAUCUAUGACACGAUUGUGAACGUGAAGGAGACGCGGCUGACCUCGCUGGGCGCCAGCAUCCUGGUGGGCCUGUCCCUGCUGCUGCUGCCGGUCCCGCUUCAGUGGAUCCCCAAGCCCGUGCUCUAUGGCCUCUUCCUCUAUAUCGCGCUCACCUCUCUCGAUGGCAAUCAGCUUGUCCAGCGUGUGGCCCUGCUGCUCAAGGAGCAGACUACAUACCCCCCGACACACUACAUCCGGAGGGUGCCCCAGAGGAAGAUCCACUACUUCACAGGCCUGCAGGUGCUGCAGCUGCUGCUGCUGUGCACUUUCGGCAUGAGCUCCCUGCCUUACAUGAAGAUGAUCUUUCCUCUCAUCAUGAUCGCCAUGAUCCCCAUCCGCUAUAUCCUCCUGCCCCAAAUCAUUGAAGCCAAGUACUUGGAUGUCAUGGAUGCUGAGCACAGGCCUUGACUGGCAGGCCCUAACCACGCCCCAUUUGCCAGCUUCCCAUGUCCUCCCAGGCUGGCUCUGGGGCUGUGAGGGGAGGUGUAGGUGUGUGGGUGACUGCUCUGUGCUGCACCUUCUCAUGGCUGACUCAGGCCUGGGGCAUCUGGGCAUUGUAGGGGUGCAGUGGUGUGUGCCCACCCCUCCCAUUAUCCUUUAGCUUUGGGCCAAGAGCAUUGCUCAGGGCAACUUCUGCCCAGGGUGGGUGGGACUGAGCAGGAUGAUUUUCUUUUGAAAGAGAAACCAUUUCCUUGAUUGUGUAAGGAACUUGCCGUACGCACAUUAGAGAAUAAAGCUGCUGUUUCUAGG